UUGGGCUGGCACUAGACUCGCCAUGGCAUUGCACACAGCAGCUGUCAGAGCUUGCUGCUGUGUCUGGACCCAGCCUUGGAGUGCAGGCACCAGUGGAGAGCAUGACAGAGAAGGAGGUGCCAGAGCCACCAGCUUCACCUGCCUCAGGUGGGAAACCCAAGAACCGGCAGCUGCAGAAGCUGAAGCAACUUUUCCAGCGAAAGCCCAAGGAGGCAGCACCAGAGCCACAACCAAAUGGGGAGCUGGUCAGCCCCUCUGGGGGGCCCAUCUACUACAUCUAUGAGGAGGAGGAGGAGGAGGAAGAGGAGGAGGAGCCUGAGCCUCCUCCUGAGCCCCAGAAACUUGUCAACGACAAACCCCACAAGUUCAAGGAUCAUUACUUCAAAAAGCCCAAGUUCUGUGAUGUUUGUGCCCGCAUGAUUGUCCUCAACAACAAAUUCGGCCUGAGGUGCAAGAACUGCAAAACCAACAUCCACCACCACUGCCAGUCCUACGUGGAAAUGCAGCGCUGCUUCGGCAAAAUCCCCCCAGGGUUUCGCCGGGCAUACAGCUCACCUCUGUACAGCGACCAGCAGUAUGCCUGCGUCAAGGAGCUGCUCUCGGCGGCCAACAGGAGUGACCCGGUGUUUGAAACCCUCCGGACAGGAGUCAUCAUGGCCAACAAAGAGCGCAAGAAAGGGCAAGAUGACAAGAAAAAUCCACUGGCAGCUAUGAUGGAUGAGGAACCUGAGGCCAUGAAGCCGGACGGGGGCAAAACGGAGGGUGGCACCUCAGAAGGAGACAAGAAGACUGAGAAGAGCACAACGGAUGACAAGAACAAGAAGCCGCAGCCGGGGAUGCGUGGCGGCUAUCUGCAGUCUCACUACUUCGUGGCGCUUUAUCGCUUCAAAGCCCUAGAGAAAGACGACCUGGAUUUCCCGCCGGGAGAGAAGAUCACAGUGGUGGAUGACUCCAACGAGGAGUGGUGGCGGGGGAAGAUCGGUGAAAAAAUUGGUUACUUCCCCCCGAAUUUCAUCAUCCGAGUGAGGGCUGGCGAGCGGGUCCACAAAGUGACGCGCUCCUUUGUGGGAAACAGGGAGAUCGGGCAGAUCACGCUCAAGAAGGAUCAGAUCGUGGUGCAGAAAGGUGAGGAGGUGAACGGCUAUGUGAAAGUCUACACUGGCCGCAAAGUGGGACUCUUCCCCGUGGACUUCCUGCAGGAGAUCUGAGUCAGGCUGCCAGAUGCUGGUCCCGGCGGACGGAAAGUGCCCACCAGACCUGGGAUGGAGGCAGGCUGGCAGACACCUUGGCUGGGCAGCCUGAGGCCGGGGGCUCCAGUGAGGGGCUGCAACAGGGCUGUUCCUCCCCCCGGGGCUAUGGUGCCUUCAGCAACAGUGUGCAUGGAGGGAGGCAUCCACCCACCCCCCCACCCCUAGACUUGACAGGAAUGCCACCUGCCCCAGACUGCAGGGGCUACCCUGAGGGCGUGGGCCUCUGCA